AACAAAAAAAAAAACAAAAAGAAACCGUCAAUUUUGCAGAAUUUUCCAAGAAGUGCUCUGAGAGGUAGAAAGACGAUGUCCAGGAGAGAGAAGUCGAAGUUUGAUGAAAUGGCAAAGGCGGAUAAAGUGCGCUGUGAUCAGGAAAUGAAGGGUUAUGGACCAGCUAAGGGAGGCAAGAAGAAGGAUCCUAAUGCCCCCAAAAGGCCACCAUCUGGAUUCUUCCUGUUUUCUUCGGAAUUCCACCCCAAGAUGAAAUCCACAAACCCCGGCAUCUCUAUUGGAGACGUGCUCAAAAAGCUGGGUGAGAUGGGGAAGAACUUAAAUGAUAGUGAAAAGCAGCCUUACAUCACUAAGGUGGCAAAGCUGAAGGAGAAGUAUAAGAAGGAUGUUGCUGACUAUAAGUCGAAAGGAAAGUUUGAUGGCGCAACGGGUCCUGCUACAGUUGCCUGGAAGAAGGUGGAAGAGGAAGAGGAACGGGGAGAUGAGGAGGAGCAGAGGAGGAUGAAUAAACAAACUGUUUAUCUGUCAAAAAAAAAAAAAAGAAAGAAAGUAAUGGAUAAAAAUGUGAGUGCGCCCUCUCUCUGUGUGCCUACUUUCUCCUUCAAGCAAAAGGUGGCAAGAUGGCUUUGAGAUCAGUGAUACAUCCGCUGAUUCUAGUGUUUUCCACCCAAGUUUUCAAGCGUUUGGGUGUCCAAACAAACAGAGGAC